AUGCAUAUCCUAUGCAUCUGUAGUAUACUUCUUUUUCUUUCAUGCUCAAUUAAACAAAGAAUGUGCGAGAAUGAUAUGUUUCCACAAACGGCAAUUCUUCCUGGCAAAAUGUAUUUCUUCAUGCUUGCCAAGCCAAGUAAAACUUUUCCGAUAUUAAUACCUCCCCCUCCCCAGAUCACAAGCUGCAUUCCAAUCGAAAUUUCACUCCCCGAUAAACGUGCUAAGCGUUCUAUAUUUGAUUCUUUCUUUCUUUCUUUCUUUCUAUCUUUCUUUCUUUCUUUCUUUCUUUCUUUCUUUCUUACAAAUUUCUUGCGAUCUUUUCGUUUCGUUUCAUUUCUUUCUUUCUUUGUACUGUUUCUUUUUCUUUCUUUCUUUCUUUAUUUCUUUCAUUCUUUCUUUUUCUUUCUUUCUUUCUUUCACCAAUUCUUUUUUUCUUUCAUCGAUUCAGAUUCUUUCUUUCUUUCUUUGUUUCUUUUUUCAUCGAUUAAGAUUCUUUCUUUCUUUUUUCUUUCUUUCUUUCAUUCAUCAAUUCUUCAUUUCUUUCAUCGAUUCAUAAUCUUUCUUGCAUUCUUUCUUUCAUCGAUUCAGAUCCUUUGUUUGUUUGUUUUUUGCAUUCAUUCAUUCAUUCAUUCAUUCUUUCUUUCUUUCUUUCUUUCUUUCUUUUUUCUUUCAUCGAUUCUCGUUCAUCCUUUCUUUCAUUCAUCGAUUCAGAUUCUUUCUUUCUUUAUUUCUUUCUUUCAUUUUCAAUUUACAAUUUUUCAAUUACAUAUUUUUGGAUUCCAGGAUAAAAAUCUAUCUAUCUAUCUAUCUAUCUAUCUAUCUAUCUAUCUAUCUAUCUAUCUCCGUUCACACCUCUCUCAGUUCAUAUCUAUCUAUCUAUCUAUCUAUCUAUAUCAUCUAUCCAUCCAUCUCACUAUUCACAGUCUAUAUCUAUGUCAGUUCAUAUCUAUAUAUAAUUAUCUAAGUUCGUAUCCAUCCAUCUAUCCAUCUAUCUAUCUAUGUAUCUAUCUAUCUCCCGUUCACACCUAUCUCAGUCUAUAUCUAUCUAUCUAUCCAUCUAUCUAUCUAUCUAUCUAUCUAUCUGUUUACUUGUUUCUUUCCCCCACUAUCUUAUCUAGUUCAUAUCUAUAUAAUUAUCUAAGUUCAUAUCUAUCUAUCUAUCUAUCUAUCUAUCUAUCUAUCUAUCUAUCUGUGAUGAAAUUAAUGUGUUCGCUUCCCUGGCGACCGACCGAUGGUGACAUUGUAAGAAUCCAGAAGGACAAAGAAGAUAACUUACCACGCGUCUUUUAUAGACCCCUCCUUUCAUUAGAAAUAAAAAGCGCCAUCUUUUGGCAAUGA